UUAUUAUCACACAGUCUGUUAUAAAUUUCAGCCAAGAUGGCUGCCCCAAAUCAUUACAUUGAGAUAUUUCUUUUGCCAAGUUUAUACCUUGUUAUAUUUUGGUGGGACAGAUUUCCAUUAGCCUUGUCGAGCUACUGCAAAAGAAACUUCAGGCAUGAAACAUGUCCUCACUGGACAACCCCAAACCAUUCCUUUAAUGUUGGCGGUACGCCUGACGCAAGGUGACACUGUCGGCGUCACGUGUCAUGUUUGAAGAUUUUCCAAACCCAAGCCUGGGUCAGCUGUUCUUCUCUGGGGGAAAAAAAACUGAGCUCCAAAGACUUCCUGCAUGUAAUUUAGUUGAAAUAAAUGUAUAUGGUGUAAUCUUUUAAAUUCAAGACAGAGUAAAAAAGGAAACAACUGUUUCUAGCUGCUAUCAAGUAACAGGAACUUGUUGCACAGAUGUUCCACAACAUAAAAUGUUGAAUUAAAAAAACAGAAAUGGAUAAAAAAAAAAAGUACAACAUGUUUUUAAUGGAUAAAUUAGGAAAUUGGCAAAUUGCUGUGGUAUGAAUGAGGAAUGAAACACUUCAGGAUCAAUUCUUCCUCAAGCCGCAUCAUACUGCCCCCGCUGCUGAUUAUUUUCCUAUAAUAGCACACCAUCAAGGGUUUCAUUCCUUACAUGAUAUUUACUGCACAUUUACUUUACUGAGGUAAAGUAAUGAAGGCUACAAUGCUAACUGAGGUAAAGUAAUGAAGGCAACAGUGCUAACUGAGGUAAAGUAAUGAAGGCUACAAUGCUAACGGAGGUAAAGUAAUAGCAAUAGUAAUAGCACACCAUCAAGUGUUUCAUUCCUUACAUGAUAUUUACUGCUCUCUUUGAAAAGAAAAAGUGUUCAUUCACAGGGUUUUUAUCAAGUGCACAUUGAUGGCUGAUUAUUAUCAAUAUCAUUAUUAUUUUUCACAUUGAUGAGGAUUUCCACAUUUCGCAGGAUGCCAGAAAACAUAAACAUGGAUCGUGUGAAGAAAGGAGGUUGUGGGGCUACGGUGAGCUUCCACAACAUCCAUUACAGCAUCAACAGCAGGACUGGGAUGCUCUGCAAACAGAAGAAGACCCAGAAAAACAUCCUCAUCGACCUCAAUGGAAUUAUGAAGCCUGGAAUGAACGCCAUAUUAGGAGCCACAGGGAGCGGAAAAUCCUCUUUUUUGGAUGUGCUGGCAGCGAGGAAAGAUCCAAAAGGACUGACUGGAGAGGUGCUGAUAGAUGGCGCACCACAGCCGCCCAACUUUAAAUGUCUGUCUGGAUACGUAGUGCAGGAUGACGUGGUGAUGGGAACGCUAACAGUGAGGGAGAAUCUGCGCUUCUCGGCAGCGUUGAGGCUUCCGAUGUCUAUUGGUCAGAAGGAGAAGGAGGAGAAAGUGGAGCGACUGAUUGAUGAGCUCGGGCUGACUAAAGUAGCUGACUCACGGGUGGGCACGCAGCUGAUUCGUGGCAUUUCGGGAGGCGAGAGAAAGAGGACCAACAUUGGCAUGGAACUUAUCAUCGAUCCAUCUGUCCUCUUCCUGGACGAGCCGACAACCGGACUGGAUGCGAGCACGGCUAACUCUGUCCUGUCGCUCCUGAAGAGGAUGUCGAAUCACGGCCGUACCAUCAUCCUGUCCAUCCACCAGCCGCGUUACUCCAUUUACCGGCUGUUCGACACACUCACCCUGCUGGUGUCGGGUAGACAGGUUUACCACGGGCCUGCUCAGAGUGCACUGGACUACUUCAGCAACAUCGGCUUCACUUGUGAACCCCAUAACAACCCCGCUGACUUCUUCCUGGAUGUCAUUAAUGGAGAUUAUACUGCAGUGUCUGAAAGCAAGCUAGAGGAUAAUGCAGAGCUGGAUCAUAAGCAGUAUGCAUCGACCCGUCAGAACAUCGAGGACCGUCUGGUGCAGGAGUACCAGCAGUGGUCGUACCACAAGCAGACCAAAGACGAGCUGGAGCAAAUCACGCAGGGACGCAAGUACGACAAUCGGCCCAAAUCGCGCACCAUCACCUACAACACGUCCUUCUGCCACCAGUUCAAAUGGGUGCUGAAGAGGACAUUCCGCAACCUGAUGCUCAACCCACAGACCUCCUUUGCUCAGGUCGGCGUGACUCUUUUCUUAGCUCUGAUUGUUGGUGCCAUCUUUUUCAGUGUGUCCAACAAUAGAAGUGGAAUCCAGAACAGGAUGGGCGCCUUGUUCUUCAUCACCACCAACCAGUGUUUCAGCUCGCUGUCGUCCGCCGAACUCUUCAUCACAGAACGCAAGCUCUUCCUACAUGAGUAUGUUAGCGGUUAUUACAGAGUGUCGGUGUACUUCCUGUGUAAGCUGCUCUCAGAUAUUCUCGUACUGCGCACUUUUCCAGCCAUCAUUUUCAGCUCUGUGGCCUACUGGAUGAUCGGGUUCAAAGUGGAUGUUGGGUCAUUUUUCAUCUUCAUGUUCACCGUCGCCAUGACUGCGUACACGGCGACAUCCAUGGUGAUGGCCAUCUCUGCGGAUCAGAACGUAGUGGCCAUCGCCAACAUCUACAUGACCAUAACCUUCGUGUUCAUGAUGAUUUUCUCAGGAUUGUUGGUGAAUUUGCCAAGCAUUGCUGACUGGCUGAGCUGGUUAAAAUACUUCAGCAUUCCACGCUACGGCCUUACUAGUCUCCUGGUGAACGAGUUUGUUGGGCUGGAAUUCUGUGACCCUCCUAUGACUCAACCCAAUUUUACUGUAGUCUUCAAUUGUACGUCUGGAGAGGCUUUUCUGACGGAGCAGGGCAUCGAUUACUCCACCUGGGGCAUGUGGCAGAAUAACGUGGCUCUGGGCUGCAUGAUCGUCAUAUUCCUGAGUAUCGCGUACCUCAAACUGCUCUUAAUUAAGAAAUUUACAUAGACACACACACACUCAAGCUGAUUUUCCGAAAUUCAUUCUGGGGUUUGAGUCACACUUGAGCUAUUUACAUUUAAAACCACAGAAAACUGACUUCAUCUUUUAAAAUGACAAAUUUUUCCCCCCUUAUUAUACUGCACUAGCGCCGCCUCCUCCCUAGCUCCUCCCUCUCAUUACCUCCUUCUUUUCCUUAUUUAAUCAACAUUUACUUAAUCGCGCCCCAGUUUCCCUGAUUCUUUACCAGUUUGUACAUUUCAUAGCUACACAGCUUUUUCCAGCUAUUUCUACACUUUUUUUUUUUUCUUAUUCUUCUUGUAGGUCUGUUUUUUCCCUCUGCAUAUCAUAUUUAUCAGAGGUGUCCAAACUCAGUCCUGGAGGGCCACUGUCCUACAGAGUUUAGCUUCAACUUGUCAACACACCUGCCUGGAAGUUUCUAGUAUGCCUAGCAAGGCCUUGAUUAGCCAUUUCAGAUUUAAUUGGGGUUAGGCGCUAAACAGUGCAGGACAGUGGCCCUCCAGGAGCAGGAUUGGACUCCCCUGAGAUAUAUUAUAUAUUAUAUGAACAUGUAUACGAACACUGCACGUUUGUUCACAAACUGAGUUUAAUUCCAGCUCUGAAGGCUACACAAGCGUUAUGUGGAGAGAAAAAUAAAAACUUUAUAUUAUGGGACAGUUACAGUUGUUUUGAUGUAAUGUAAUUUUUUUUAAAAUGAUUACAAUAAACUUUUUUUUUUUUUGCA